AAUUCAUUUCUAAAUUUCUAAUCAGUUCCUGUUUCAGAGGCACCCAAAUCCAACUUCAAAUGGCUUCUACCUCUUCUUCUCCUUCACAAUCAACCCAAAAGGUAACUUAUGAUGUUUUCUUGAGCUUUAGAAGCGAGGAUAUUAACAAGACUUUCCUGGAUCACCUUCAUGAUCAGCUGCAACUAAAGGGAAUAUACACCUUCUUAGAUGGCGAUGUGCGGUUAGAGACAGGGAAGUGCAUCUCUCCUAGUCUGCUAAGAACUAUUCAAGAAUCAAGAUUUGCAAUUGUCAUCUUCUCAAAGAACUAUGCAUCAUCAACGCGGUGUUUGGACAAAGUUGCAACGAUCAUGGAAUGCAGAGAAAAACUCGACCAAAUUGUGGUACCGGUUUUCUACGAUGUGGAUCGUUCACAAGUGCGGGAACAAACGGGGAGUUUUGGUGAAUCAUUUGCAGAACACGAAGUGAAUUUUAAGGAUGAUAAAGGAAAGGUGGAAAGGUGGAGGAAAGCAUUGACAGAGGCUAGCAAUAUUGCAGGACAUGAUUUGCAGAAUAUGCAUAACAGUCUCAGGAGCGAAGCAAACUGUAUCCAAAGAGUUAUUGAUGACAUACUUACUCAAUUGUAUCAAGCCUCCCCUAUCCUUCAAGCAAAUCUGGUGGGGUUGGAAUCUAGAGUUGAAGAAAUCGGUGCCAUGUUGAGUCUCGAAUCCUAUGAUGUUCGGUUCAUUGGCAUUUGGGGUAGAGGAGGGAUUGGUAAGACAACAGUUGCAAGGGCGGUUUUUGCCAAAUUUUCGAGGCUAUUUGAUGGAGCUUGUUUUGUUGAUGAUAUUAAAGAAAGGCAAAGUAAAGUUGGAAUGGAAGCAUUGCAAUCAAUCCUUAUAUCAAAAACCCUGAAGGAAAGAUCAAUGGAUAUAAGCAAUGUGGAUGAAGGCAUGGAGAUGAUAAAGAAGAGACUUGGAUGGAAAAAAGUUUUGAUUGUUCUUGAUGAUGUAGACCACCUAGAAGAAUUAAGGAAGUUAGCCGGAGAUCGCGUUUGGUUUGGUAGGGGAAGUAGAGUCAUCAUAACCACGAGAGAUUCGGGAUUAUUGCAAUCCCAUGGAGUUGAUGAAAAGUAUGAAGUGCAUAAAUUGGUAGGGGAGGAAGCUAUUCAACUAUUCAGUUGGCAUGCCUUUAACAAGGAAAUUCCUGCAAAAAGUUUCGAAGAACUCUCUCGAUUAGUUGUGAGUUACGCUUCUGGUUUUCCAUUAGCUCUUAAAGUUUUGGGUUCUUUCCUGUAUGGACUCGAGCCUGUUGAAUGGAGAAGCACCCUGAAAAAACUCGAGGACAUCCCUGACGACGAUGUUGUUGCAAAGCUUAAGAUAAGUUUUGAUGGACUAAGUUGCAGGGACAAAAAAUUAUUUUUAGAUAUUGCAUGUUUUUACAGAAAAAAGGAGGAGAGUUAUGUAAUAGAUGUGUUCAAAAGCUGUAACUUGCAACCAGUCACCGGUAUACGCAAGCUCAUAGAAAGAUCUCUUCUAUUAGUCCUAAAUGGAAAACUUGAGAUGCAUGAUCUAAUUCAAGAUAUGGGUUGGCAUAUUGCCAGUCAGGAGAGUCCUAGGAGCAGGGUAUGGUUGGUUGAGGAUGUUGAUGCUGUGUUAAGUGGAAACAUGGAAGCAGAUGGGCUUGAAGGUUUAUUAAUCCCUCCCAAAUAUCGACAUAGCUGCAAUGGGAAUAUUAGGUCCAGUGUUGAAGCUUUAAAGAGGAUGAAACAGUUGAAAAUACUCAUAGUUGAAAGCUAUAAUUUCGAUUCGUUUAGAAGGAUGAGCAGAUUAAAGUUACUUGAAAGUUUUGGCUCCACCAUCAUUGGGAAUUAUCUUCCUAACAGUAGUCUGCAGUGGCUUGAUUUCUCAUAUUAUCAUUUGCAUUCUUUACCACAAAGUUUUCAACCACUGAAGCUUGCUGCGCUGCUUUUGCCUCAUAGUUCUAUCCAACAUUGCAGGAUAACCAAGAGCUUUUACAAGCUGAGGCAUUUGGACCUCAGAUGCUCCCAGUUUUUGUUGGAAACUCCCAAUUUUGAAUGGCUGCCAAAUUUGGAGAGGCUAAACCUUUCAGACUGUGUGAGUUUAAAAGAGGUCCAUCCAUCCAUUGGACAUCUUGAGAAGCUUGUUUCAUUGGAUUUGGGGAGAUGCAGCAACAUUAACAACCUUCCCACCUUCAUCCAAAUGCAAUCACUUCAACUUCUAGAUCUUGAAUCUUGUCAAAAACUGGAAACAUUUCCUGAAAUCCACUGCAAUAUGCCACAUCUACACGUCCUCGAGCUCCAAUCCGUUGGGAUUAGAACGCUACCCUCCUCGAUCCAAAAUCUCAUUAGCCUCACCAAGAUACACAUUGCUAGAUGUCAAAAUCUCGAAUGCCUUCCAAGUGGCUUGUGUAGGCUGAAAAAUCUAAAAGUUCUUGAACUCGAAAGAUGCCCGAAACUGCAGUCCUUGCCAGAAAACAUGGGCGAUUUGCAGGUUUUGGAGAAACUUCAUGUCAAGGAUAAUGCAAUGAUCCAACACCUCCCAUCCUCAAUCUCACUUUUGACUGAACUUGAAUACUUAUACUUUGGACACUCAGACAAUCUGGAUUUGUUCCCUACAUCCCACAACUUUGUUUUGCCCAGUGUUUCGAGUUUAUGUUCAUUGAAAAGGCUAGACCUCAGCUUCCUCUAUAUGGUUGAUGAAGGACUCCCUCAAGAUCUUGGAUGCUUAACCUCUUUGGAAUGCUUAAAUCUAAGGGGAAACCAAUUCAUCCGUUUGCCCGAGAGCAUUAGUCAGCUCCCUCGCCUUCAAUACCUCGACAUUAAAUAUUGCACAAAGCUUGAAGAACUACCCGAGCUUCCGGGAACUAUAAAGGAACUCUCUGUGGAUACUCAUUUGGCCUCCAAAAUCAACACAGCAGAGCUAGCAGCCAAGUACACCGGCUUAUAUUCUGUUUCAUUCACAGAUGCCAAUUUCUUUUUGUACUUCGGGGGCUUACAAACCCCUAAGCUCCCGGAUGGGUUUAUUCCUUUUUCUUGGCAACUUAUACCCAGAAAGGAUGCUUUUAGUGUUGUGUACCUUACUACCAUGGAGAGUGGUUACCAUAUCUCAUCUAAGUGGUUCGAUUACGAGGAGAAAGACUCUGAUACUAUUUGUGUCAAGUUGAAUCCCACUUGGUAUAACAGCAACUUUCUGGGAUUUGCUAUUUAUUGCAUUGUUCCUUCGAAAUGUGGCGUGUGGGAAUCGCGUGAAGGCGAUCUGUUCGAGCAUUGUGCCAUCACAGCCAAGUUGGUACGCAAAGAGGAUGGUGAAAAACAUGCUUUGCAUACAAAAUGUGUGAUUGGUAAAUCAGUUGAGAAUGGUGGGGAUGGUGAGCGUGCCCGGAUGUGCUUUGCGUACAUUCCGUUCUGUUCUUUGUGGCAUCAAUCUAAGACAAUGCAGGGCCUUGGGCCAAAUGAUUAUUCUGUAUUUGAGGCAAGCUUGGAUUCCAGAAUGGCUACAGCUUGGCGAUUUCGUUUGCUAUAUAAAGAUGACGAAUUGCUUAACGAGGAACAUGUAAAUCACGAUAUAUAA